GGGGAAUGUAGUCGGUAAGUGCUGUUCAUAAUGGAAGAUUUUUUUCUUAGUUGUUUUUCGGGUUUGUUGUUGUUUUGGGAUUUUUUGGACUUUCGAUAUCUUUACCAAUUGAACUGGUCUCAUCAUGAAUGUGAACGAUAUUCUUUACCCGUCCAGGCAUCAUCAAAGUAAGAAUCAGAAUGGCUUUCAGCGUUAAUAAAGAUCCUAAUAAUACGGCACAAAAUGCUAUCAGAUGCUACGUUUGCGACAGGGGCCCAGUCAAAUUAUAUUGCUCACUGUGUGCGGCCAAUCUGUGCACAGGUUGCUCGUGUGAUCACGUUUUGUCCGAUCCUUCCAGACAUCACCAGGUUGUUGCCUUCAUUAACAGAAAAGCCGUUUCAUCAACUUCUGAAUCACACACACAUGGAGGGUGUCCAUGUCCUGAGUGUAAAGCCAACGCACGUGCAAAUGAUGAAAUGGACAACAUCAGUGACACACUCAAACACAAACUGUCUCUUCUCAGAAAAGAAGCCGCGCAAAUCAAAUCCCAGAAAAUUCCUGAGAUUGGGCGUCUUAUGAAGGAAAUGGAAGAUCAGAUAGCAGACAUUCAGGCCACAUACAAACAGAAAAAUGCCGAUAUCAUUUCACAGGGCAGAAAUCUGCAUGCAGUCAUAGACUGUCUCGUGCAAGAAUACAAAACUGACCUCGAAAUUAUGAGACGAAGAGAUUUGAAAAAGUUUCAGAACCAACAAGAAAAAUUCGAAUCCUUGAUCACAGAAGCCAAAUAUGAGCUGAAAGCUCACGAGUCUACAGAUAUUUCGCAAAUGGACACCUUCCGUUUUUCUUCACUUCCGUAUCCAGAUCCUCUCGAAUGGACUCCUCCAAAUUUCGUGCCCAUCAAGGUAACCAAGAAAGACUUAAAGACUUUGUUUGGAACCUUGAAUGAAAGUUCUGUGGUUUCGUAUCUAGAAACAGCCCGCCCAGCCACUGUGCAUACCAGAAAUCCCGAUUCUGGAUUCAGACUGCAGAGAUAUCGGCCUGAAAAGCUGAAGUGUAUGUGUGAGACCCCAAAAGUGAUGAGGAGUCUUGUGGGUGGCGCGAGCAAAUGUUCUAGAUGUAAAAAGUUUGUAAACUAGAUAGAACACAAAUACUGUAAGUACGUACUGGUUUCUUUAAUGUGUGAUGACUACAAUUUUGAUUUUUGUAAAUUAAACACUACUCAAUAUGCAAAAAGUUUUUUUUUUCCUUCUGUUGAGCAAAAAUGUAGUGAAUUGAAAACGAGUAUGCCGAUGACAUACAUAUGUAUGUGUGACCAUAUAACAUUCUGAUUGUAUGACUACAUGAUAUUCUGAUUGUAUGACCACAUGAUAUUCUGAUUGUAUGACCACAUGAUAUUCUGAUUGUGUGACCACAUAACAUUCUGAUUGUGUGACCACAUAACAUUCUGAUUGUGUCACCACAUAACAUUCUGAUUGUAUGACCACAUGAUAUUCUGAUUGUAUGACCACAUAACAUUCUGAUUGUGUGACCACAUAACAUUCUGAUUGUGUGACCACAUAACAUUCUAAUUGUGUCACCACAUAACAUUCUGAUUGUAUGACCACAUGAUAUUCUGAUUGUAUGACCACAUGAUAUUCUGAUUGUAUGACCACAUAACAUUCUGAUUGUGUGACCACAUAACAUUCUGAUUGUGUCACCACAUAACAUUCUGAUUGUAUGACCACAUAAUAUUCUGAUUGUAUGAUCACAUAACAUUCUGAUUGUAUGACCACAUAACAUUCUGAUUGUAUGACCACAUGAUAUUCUGAUUGUAUGACCAUAUAAUAUUCUGAUUGUGUGACCACAUGAUAUUCUGAUUGUAUGACUACAUAACAUUCUGAUUGUGUGACCACAUGAUAUUCUGAUUGUAUGACCAUAUAAUAUUCUGAUUGUAUGACCACAUGCUAUUCUGAUUGUGUGACCAUAUAAUAUUCUGACAGUAUGAUCACGUAAUAUUCUGAUUGUAUGACCACAUGAUAUUCUGAUUAUGUGACCACAUAACAUUCUGAUUAAUUGUGUCACCACAUAACAUUCUGAUUGUAUGACCACAUAACAUUCUGUGCUCCAUCCUCAUGUGACUUAUCAAUAUUAAUGGUUAAAAGUGGAAAAAACUUUAUUAAUUUCCACUCAGUAUAGUUUAUUUCAAUUAAUAACCAAAGAAAAUGUAUAUGUUGCCACCUUUUUAAAGAUGUCAGACAUACAAAAACAGAAGUAUAUAUCAACAUCAGAAAAUCACACAUUUUCGUUGAACAGAAUAAUAAAAAUAGAUAAAAACUUGUUGAAAUGACAAAAUUUAAAUAUCAACAGUUUUAAAAAAAAACUGCUAAUUAAUAAAUAUGUAUAGAUUAAUCAUGGAUAUUAGAGAAACCAAUGUAUAAUAGACAUCCAGUUGAAGAAAUUCCAGCACAGGAGUUAUUGCCCUUGACAACAUUUUUAAAAUCAUAAAUAAUUGAUUAUCUAUGGAAAAUAUAAACUUUUUCAGUAUUAAUAGUUUAGCAGAUUUUUAUUAUAUCCAGUGAAUAAUAUUCCUUAGAAAGAGAUAUUUCUAUCAUGCGCAAAGUUCAAUUUAUUAAGAUUUUUGCAAAAACCUAUGACGUCACAUGAGGAUCGAUCAACCUUAAUAUUCUGAUCGUAUGACCACAUGAUAUCCUGAUUGUGUGACCACUUAAUAUUCUGAUUGUAUGACCACAUAACAUUUAGCUGCAGAACUAUAGCUCUCUGAAAAAACAGAGAGCUACAGUUCCACCCCUAAUAAAAACAUUCGAUUUACGGCGCACAAAAAAGCUGCGCAUGGUUGAGGCCUGAUAUCGUUGUAUUCUUGUGUUGCUGUCUCAUAAAUUUAAUAUCAAAAAUUCUUAACAUAUU